GAUGACACGACGCCUGGUCCGUUUGCUAUGACGUCAUCUGGCCAGUAGGCGGCGCUGUGGUGCCGCGCCUCGCAGGUGGGAACCGCUGCCUAAAAAAAAAAAAAAAAAAAAAAAAAGAAGAAAAACAAACCGCAGAAGAAGCGGUGGCGCAGCUAGCUGGCUAGCUAGCGUUAGCUCAGCCCCUAACCGCCUCGCGCAUGACGGACUGCUGUCACCCGCGUCAACGCGACACUCCGGCUUCGUCUGCUCUUCGCCGCCGGUUUUUCUUAUGACAUCCCCCGAACCCGGCCACCACGUCGCACUAUGUUCGAGGAUCCUGAACUCCAAGAUCCGUUGUCGCUCGGUCUUAGUAAAAGCUACGACGACCAGAACUCGCCACGUCGCGAUUCAAAAAAAGCGCCGGCAAGCCCCGGCUAUACAUGCGAGACGCCAGAGAUCCGAGUGGUCAUCAAAGAGGAAGAGGACGGCUGGACUGUGAGUGAAAACCAUGAGAACACCAGCCCAGAGGCAGAAGAGGAGGAUUCCUCCAAAAAAUGUCAAUGCAUUGCGUACGGAGCGGUGGCACAGCAGAGGGUGCUUUCGGGGGAGGAAUGUUCGGAAGGGUUUGGAGGCCGGAGCUCCCCGCCCGCCCCCGGCGAGAGGCUGCGGACGCACACGGGAGAAACGGAGGAGGAACCCAAGAUGUCCCGCACCACGGGAAUGGCCGACGUGACGCUGCGUCGGCGCAGUGACCCGGCAGAGAGGACCUCCACCUGCGCAGCGCGUCCGACGCCCCCCAGCGGCAAAAGGAACGCGAGGCGCAGCGAGUGUCCCCCGGAGGGCCGGAGCCCCGAUGGGAAACAAAGCACAUCGACGACAGCAGACGGCGAGGAGGCCAAAAGAUCGGCACUGCGCCAAACUGAUUCUUCUGAACGUACAAAUGCGGUGUCGCACGGACUCAAGAGAGCGCCUGCACACUUGGGAGAUCAAACGCUCCGUUUGACCGUCAGACUGCAGGCUGGGGAAGAGGAGGAAGAGGAAGAGGAGGAGGAGGAGGAGGAGGAAGAAGAAGAAGAAAUUGGUGGUUUAAUCAACUCUGACGGGGAGGUGGUGGAAUGGGACGCCAGAGGAAGUCUUGACCGAGGCUCUGAUUGGAGAGAAAGUCCUCAGCCCAACAAGGGUGUCCUCCUGUCCGAGGCCCAGCUGCGAGGCCAGAACCAGAGAGACAGCAGCAGUCCAACGCUCGUCAUGGAGGUUGUGUCUGUGGGGGAGGAUGAAGAAAGGGAAGAAGGGGAGGAGAAAGAGAGAGUAGUAGAGAUGGCAGCGGCCUUGCCCUUACGCCGCGCGUCGCCGGGGAGGAGACGCGGAGGGAAGAAGAAGGUUCAAAAUGCCACCGACGCGGAGAGAGAAGCUACUCCCGGUGGGCGAGGAGCUGGAGAGAUGUUUGUAAGAAGAAGGCCCAGAAGAGCUCCGUUGGUGUCUGGUGAAGACCACGAGGCAGAGCAAGGAAUAUCGAGGCGCACCCGGAGAAAGAUACAGUUACCGACCAUCUUUGAAUCAGAAGAUUUCCCCUCCAAAAGUGUCUGCCGGGUUGCUGCAAAGCAGCCUUCUAGAAGAAGGAAAGAUACCAAACUAUCUCCCGAAGGAGGAGGAAAAAACACAGCCGGAAAGAUGCGCCCCGGCAGAAAGAUGGUACGUCUUCCAGUAGAAAUCCCCCCGGAGCUCCUGAAGCAGCCCAAAGAGAAGAUGGAGUACCACUGCUCCGUGUGUGGCAAAGAGUUCCCCCACGCCUAUAAGCUGGAGAGGCACGGGCUGAUCCACACAGGGGAGAAACCUUACUGCUGCUCCAUCUGCGGCCGGGGUUUCAACCAGAAGGGAAAUCUCAAAACGCACUACAAAGUCCACUUAGGUCGAAAGGACGCUGUGGAUUCUGACGACGAGGUGAGUCCCAUAGCGUCGGAACUCUCCGAAUACCUGAAGUCUCUGCCCGGGGAGUCCAGGAUCAGGUCCUCCCUCCGAUGCCCAGAAUGCGGACAGGAAUGCGAGAAUCAUUCAGCUUUGCGAGCGCACCACAACGCCGCGCACCCAGAAGCGGGCGGGGAAUCGGACGCCGUCGGGCGCGGCGCGGCGCGGCUCCUCCUCCUCUUCUGCCGCCGCUGCGGCGUCCAGUUCGGCGAAAAGGCCAAGCUGGAGGAGCACAUGAAAACGCACGUCAAGGCGAAGCCCUACUCGUGUCCCGACUGCGGCAAGAAGUUCAUCCACGAGAGCUACAUACAAGUCCACCAGCGCAUACACACCGGGGAGAAACCGUUCCUCUGCUCCCAGUGCGGCCGAGGUUUCCACACGGCCUCCUCGCUCAAGCUGCAUGAGAUGCAGCACUCCGGGGAGAGGCCGUACGCCUGCUCCAUCUGCGGGAAGACGUUUCGGAUAAACUCGUACCUGACGGCACAUUACCAGACCCACAUCAAGAACAGACCUUUCGCCUGCGGCGUCUGCGGGAAGGGCUACUCCAGGGCCGAGGAGCUGAAGGUGCACCACAGGCUGCACACCGGGGAGAGACCCUACGAGUGCGGGGAGUGCGGGAAGAGCUUCAUAUACCGGCAGGGUCUGCGGCAGCAUCAGCGAACGCACGCCGGGAAACGCAUCGGACCAACCAGACAGCUCGGUCAUAUGUUUGAGAGAUGGGUUCUGAGAACCCAGAGGACCUCAGAACAGCUGGGAUCCUCGCAGAGGAGGAACCGCAAGAAAUCGGAGGAAUUCCCCCAAUGUCUACGGGAGAACGCCAUCCCUGGCAUUGAGCCGGCAGAGACUCCCACCAAGACCUCUGAUCAGAGCGAGAAUGAAAGGCCACCGUCCCUCCACAGCUGCUCGGUUUGCGGGAAAGACUUCCCUUACGCCUCCAAACUCCAGCGCCACUUGCGCACUCACUCGGGAGAGAGGCCCUUCCCCUGCUCCAUGUGCGAGAAGAGGUUCCCGGAGAAAGGGCUGCUCAUGAUCCACGAAAGGGUCCACACGGGGGAGAAGCCGUUCCCGUGCACCUUCUGCGAGAAGCGGUUCGCCAGCCAGGGCGAGCUCCGGCUGCACCGGCGGACGCACACCGGGGAGAGGCCGUACCACUGCUCCAUCUGCCUGAAGAGCUUCUCCCGACACUGGCACCUGAAGACGCACCUGGAGGCCAUGCACUCCGAGGUCGUCGCCGGCUUCACGAGGAAGAAGUUCCCGUGUUCGGACUGCGACAAGAGCUGCAACUCGGCGGCCGAGCUGAGGGACCAUCAGAGGACUCACACGGGGGAGAGGCCCUACCAGUGCUCCUUCUGCGACAAGCGGUUCGCCCUGUCCGGCACGCUGGUGAGACACGAGCGCCUGCACACCGGCAUCACGCCGUACCACUGCUCCGACUGCGGGAAGACGUUCGCCCAGCAGUGGACGCUGACCACGCACAUGCGGACCCACACGGGGGAGAAACCCUACAGCUGCACGCAGUGCGACAAGUCGUUCGUGGCUCCGGGCGAGCUCCGGCGGCACACCAGGAUCCACACGGGGGAGAAGCCGUACACCUGCGGCCACUGCGGGAGGCACUUCUCACUGGCGGGAACGCUCAGGAACCACAGGCGGUCGUGCACGCAGAACAAAAGCGGAUCGGUGCCGGCCGCCGCCGCCGCCUCGGACCCGGCUCAGGCUGUGGCCGGCAAACCGUCGCAGCCGGACGCGGGCGGCGCCGUCGGCUCUGAGGUAAACGCCAGUAUGAGUUUUCCCGGGGCGGUUGAGGCCAAUUCCUCAGAGGGUCUCGACUGCGACAGAGCAGCUGUGUGUGAAAACAACGCGCAGGAACCGGGGGGGCGACCGCGGGACGUCGAUUCCGGUCCACAGACUAACGUAACAGUGAAAGAGGAGGAAGAAGAGGAGGCGCUGUGCGUAGAAGAAGAAGCUCCCGAUCAGGUGUCCGGUAGUGAGGAUUGCAGCGUCCUGGAGGAAUCUGAAGAGGAACGUCAGGAAAGCAACACAGAAAUAAAGAUUUCAGUAAAAGAGGAAGAAGAUGAACUUAAUAAGAUGUCUGCGGAGGAUCCGGAUCAUGUCUCUGAGAGUGAUAAAGACAGUCGUCCAGACUCACCUGGUACCGACAAUGUGACCAAGAGCUCUUACUGCUGCGGGCUCUGCGGAAGAGACUGUCACAAGAUGUCUGCCCUUCAGAUCCACAUGCGGAUUCACUCGGGAGAGAAACCCUACCAGUGCUCUCUGUGUGGCAAGCAGUUCACCCAGAAAGGACAACUCAAAGGUCACCAGAAGGUCCACACGGGGGAGAAACCGUUCGCCUGCCCUGACUGCGGGAAGAGCUUCGCCCACUCGGGGGCCAUGAACAGACACCGGCUCACGCACACCGGAGAGAGGCCCUACCACUGCUCGGUGUGCGAGAGGAGCUUCAACCAGUCCGGCCGCCUGAGGGAGCACGAGAAAAUCCACUUCGGGGAGAAGUUCGACUGCCCCGAGUGCGACAAGAGUUUCACGCGGGCCUCGAGCCUCAAGAACCACUUCCGGCUUCACACGGGCGAGAGGCCGUACGGCUGCGAGGUCUGCGGGAGAGGCUUCAGCCGCUCACAGAGCCUCAGGCUGCACAAACGCAAACAUGAGCAGACUCACCCUGAGGAGGAGGAGGGGGGGGAGGAGGAGGAGGAGGAGGGGGAGGAGUCGGCUUUUGACGCCCGGAACGACGACUUGUCACAAAGUGGCGAAAACUCUCCGAUAAAUAUGUGUAUGGCAGACAAAAACUGACUGAUAAUGUAGAUGUGUGAACCUUAGCGGGCAGUGGUCGUAUAUCUUUACCAGAGUUUUAGGGAGUAGGACAUGAAGUGAAAGAAAUAAAGGAAUAAGGGACUACCUCUGUGAGUGGAUCGUGAGUAAAACGUGGUGGCUCACAAAAGAUGUAUUGCAGCUCAAAUAUUUAACUUACUGAAAUGACUAAACAAUAUGAUGUUCAGCUACUCAGCACAGACUCCUAGAACAUGACAGAUAUAAUACAAUCUUUGAAACUGUCCAGAUUAUACAUUUAUUUACUCCAUUUUAUCACAGAAACUUAUCAGUUAAGUAAAACAAAUCACAGUCACAUUUCAAGUAUUUAUUGUAGCACUAUGGUCUGUAAUUUCACACAAUUUUCACUUGUAGUAUUUUCCUUCAAGCUACUUGUGUAUGUGGUAAUUGGAUUAAAGAGUAAAUAUAUUAUUGUAUCACACGUUCCAAAGGCCAGUGAGCACCUGAAUUUAAUUCUUUGUGUAUAAGCUACUGAAAUGUCGGAAAUAAUGAAGCAGCAGGAUUAUGAUAUUUAUUCAAGUAUUUUUUUUUCUUACCUUUUUUUUCAAAACCAUUUUGCCUUAGUGGUAAUAAAUCUUUAUCUCGGUGUGUGUUAUUCAUAACCAAGUCAUGAAUGAGGUUGGCCUUUGUUCGCCUUUAAACUGUUAAAGGCCGACGACUAUUGUGGAAAAAAAUAAUUAUUCUAACAGGAUCUGAUAGUAACGUGCUGCCUUUGUCUAAUUGUAUGGGACGUGUAAUACUGUACAAUAAAAGUGAGACUGUUAUUAGGUGCAAAUAAAUGUACACAAUCUA